AUGAAGACAACUCUGACUUUGACAUGCGCAGUUUUCCUUCUCAGCAUCUGCCAGGGAGCUGUUCGUCGCGAAGUUGAUUCCUGUGAGAUGAUGUUGAUGAAUGCUGAAGACACUCUUACAAAACAGGAAGGCCAGACUAUUUGUCAGUACAACCAAAAUGGAUUGGCUGCAUAUAACCAAGCACUAUCGAGCUGUCAGGACACAUCAACAACACUGAUACAAGAAUGGGUAAUGACAGCUAUUUUCGAUAUGGAAUUGGCUGAAACCAAACAAGCUAACUGCGACAUUGACACUACAGUGUUACACCCUUUCCUCUCUACAGAGAACAAAGCCAAAGUAGUUGAGGCCAAUCAGCAUCUAGAAGAUAUCCCUAGUGAAAUGCUGAAAUGCAUGCAUGAUACCACGGAAGAGAUGGAGAAAGAUAUGAUUACAGCGUAUCUGCAACACAAGGACGGUCACUGCAUAGCCGGAAUUGGUUCAUGGAGUAGUAUGGCCUACAAGGUAGUAAAAUGUACAAAGGCAGCCGGAGCUACAGUGAGCUGUAAAGAUGAACUAGGCCUGUACCAACUCGGUGACCUAAAUAUCCACUUAUACACACAAUUAAUAACUGACUUCCCAGAAAAGUGCAAUUAAUGUAAAGCAGUCAUUAUAAGCUUGACUGGCUUGCAACGAUAAGACCAGGCAGAUGUCAGUCGCUUUCAUGUAUUAUACAUGUUUGAAAAAAUAAAUUCUAAUGUGACUGUUCACUAAAAA